AUGAACGAAGAAAUGGAAAAAUGUGUUCUUCAAAAUAUUCCUUGGGCAAACCUUCCGCCCACAGUGAAACAAGUAAUUUAUGUAUUUAAUUAUAAAUUAUAGUAUUUGCAUAAAUAGUAUUGAAGCAUUUGAACGCAUUGAAUAUUCUAAUAAAUUUAUAGCAAAUAAAUGUUUUACUCAUUUUUCAGAGUGUAGGAAAUUCUAUAAAAGAGUACAAAAAAUGUAUUUCUGUGUAUAGUAUAAGGAAUCAAGUUAGAUACAAAGGAAAUUUAGGUAAAAAUAAGUUGUAUUAUUAAGCAGUGAUUUAGAUAAUCAAAAUAUUUGUAAUUUUGUUUCCAGUAAAAUCUGUUAUAAGAAACGAACAAAGUUACUAUGAAGAUUUAAUGACAUAUAGUAGAGAAAACUUGAUGUUGUAUCCAUAUCAUCUAUCUGAUGUAAUUGUUAAAGGAUUAAGAAUUACACCAUUUCAGUUUUAUAUAUCAACAAUUAUACAUGUUAUGGAAUCGGACAAAAGUUAUGAUUCAAUACCAAAUUUCACAGCAGUUGAUUGUAAAUAUAAAUCUUAUUUCUAUUAACAAUUCAAUUUGACUACUUAUCUAUAAACAAUUCUUCAUUUAUAGGUCUAUUUUAAUAUUUCGAUAACCUACUAUUUCUAGGCUUAAGAAUUUUAGGAAUUGGACGUAAUGAAUAUAUUGAAUUAAUGAAUCAGUGCCGAACUAAAAAUAAACUUUUUAGAAGGAAACAUGAAAUACGACCGAUGUUACCAUCCCAACCAGUAAAUAUAAAUGUAGAUCCUUGGUGGGUUGUAGAUGUUGGAUGUUUGUACGAGGAUGAUAUAAAAGUAUAUACAAAUUUAAUAACUAAAUUUAAAUUUAAAAAAAAUGUAUAGGUUAUUAAAAUUAAAAUUAUAUUUAUUUAACUCUUUUUAUAGACCAUUAAUGAAGACGAGAAAAAAUUUAUUGACCAUAUAAUUGAUAAUGGAAAACAAAUGGCUGGAAAUUUAGAUUAUAAUAUACUCCACAGUCUUUACAAGUUAAUAAUUUAACUUUUUAUAUGAAAUAUUGGUUUACAUGUUAUAUUAUUUGUAGAAAAGGUCUAGUUUACUAUGAUGUUCCAAUAUAUGAUGAUGACCACAUUAUAGUAUCAACACUUGGUGGGUUUGUAAUGAAUAGAGUACUUGGUGAUAAUUUUGAAAAUCUUCUGUAUAAAAUUUUUGUAUCAAUUGAUGAACAUACUUCAGUUAGUGAGGUUAUUAAUUUAUUUGUUAAUAUAAUUGUUAAAUUCAAAUUAUCUAAAAAAAAAAAAACUAUUAAUUUCUUAUGAAUUUUUUUUAGUUAACUACUAUAUUAGAAAUUGACUUGGAAUCAGUAAAGAAUGCAGUAUCCUUAUUCUGUCGGUUGAAAAUUGCCCAGAAAAAAAAUCCUAAAUCUAUUUCUACUCAUUCAUCCUGGUCUGGAACAAAAAAUGUACCUAGAUUAGAAAUAGUGAAUGUAGAACCAAUCUCUGAUUCAUCGUCGUUGCCAAUAAUUUUACCCAAAGAUAUACCAGAUAUUAUUGAAUCAUCGCCUGAUAAAAGUAAUGCUGAAAAAAGGAUGGCCUUUUUGUUUGAUUCAACUCUUACAGCAUUUUUAAUGAUGGGUAAUCUUUCUCCUGUAAGUAUACAAUAUUUUAUUUUUUAUUUUACUUAUUUUCAUAUAUUGUUGGACAUAUAAUAAUAAUUUAUUAAAUUAAAAAUGUUUUAUAUAAACUAUUAACUUAUGUUUAAAUAAAUAUUCAGAGUCUUAAAGAUCAUGCUGUCACAUUAUUUGAAGCGGGUAAACUAACUGAUGAAGCAUUAAAUGCAUUUUUGGAUGAACUUGAUAAAGUUGCAGAUGGUUAUAAUACUGGUAGCUGUGUUUUUGGAAGUGAAACUCCUAGUGCAGGUGAGAGUGAAGGUGAAGCUAGACGAUAUUUUGAACACGCUUUAACACUCAGAAGCACGGUGAAAACGUUGAGAUCAGAAAAUUGUCCUGGUAAAUUAGAUCUUAUACGAUGGGAAAGCCUUAAGUCAUUGUCUGCAGAUACAUGUGUUAGAUUUUUAAAAAAAAAUUACAAGUAUGUGUUUCCAUUUUACAGUAAAUUAAUUGAAUAAUAUUGAUAUUUUGAAAAUGCUAGCUUAUUAAUGUCGAUGGCUCCAUUAAAUAAAGAAACACCUCUUCUAUCUUCACCAAAGUUACCACAUAUUGGUCCUCCUAUACCAGAAGUAAAUUCAGUUUGGUUUAAACUAUAUUUAUAUCAUAAAACAAGUUAUGGACCAACAUCACUAUUAUUAGUUAGAGGUAAAUUUAUUUCUGAAACACUGUUUUUAUUAUUUUUUUAUCUAAAUUCUUUGGGUUCAGCCAAGCUUGUCUAAAUCUUUCACAUCAUCCUCCUGUGCAGGUCAUCAUAUCAUUCUCAAUUGUAUCAAAUUUUCAGUUUUACUCUACCCUCUUAUGUUUAUUUUCAUUACUAUUAUUACUGCUUCCAAUUCCUCUCACCUUGUACCAUGCCCAAACCAUGUAAAUCAGUCUAUUUUGUCUCACUUUGUUUAUUAUCGAAACCAGCCUAUACUGCUUCUUAUGUACUUAUUUAUUAUCCUAUUUUUCUCUUCCCUACUCAUCUACAUAAAUAUUCUCAUCUCCACUACAUAAUCAUUCUCUGUUUUAGUUUUCUGUCUACCAUUUGACAUUCUGAACCAUACAAUAUAGUUGACUUCUCCACAUUCUUGUAGAACUUACCUUUCAGUCUUAUUGGAAUUUUCUUGUCACAUAAAAUACUUAAGGUUUCUCUCUAGUUGAUCAAACUACACUCAAUCCUGUCCUUCACCUCGUCCAAGUCACCAUUCUUUUGUACAAAAUAUUCUAGAAACUAAAUCUGACUUAUUGUCAUUACUUGUCUUAAUCUCUUCCUCCGCACUUAUACUCUAUGUACUUUGUUUUAUUGUAUUCAUCAUUAUUUUAAUUAAUAGGUAUUCGUUUGUGGAAUGUUCCUAAAAUGUUUAGACAUUGUUCUAAAGUAAUGGUAACUACUUGGGGACACGAUCCACAUUUUAUACCUAUUGAAAAUUUAUUAACAAUUAUCAACGAUACAUUAAGAGAAUCACCAGUUCUUAUACAAGUAAUUAAAAACAAACAAAUAUUUAUUAAAAUACAGUAAACAUUUUAUAUUUCCAGGCUUGUAAUACGAAUACUUGUGUUUUACCAUUUCCAAAAAUAAACAAUUUAGAAAAUGGUUAGUUUUAUUGACAUAAUUGUUAUAUGCAGAACCCGGAAUUAUAUGCAUUCACAAAUUCAACUUUGCAUAUAAUGUGUAUUUGUUAUUGAUAAAUCAAUUUUACUGUAGAAAAAGAGUUUUUGACAUUGUUUCUCAUAGGAAUUUUGUUAAAAUAUUGUUAUAUUUGCCAUAGUGUAUGAAAUCAGAGCUCUAACCUAUGAUUCAUAAUCAUGUAUGGCUUGGUGUUAUCAUUUUAUGAAAUUGUUUGUCAUUUUUGUCGUGCGUAAUAUGUCAUUAUAUUUUAAAAUCUUGUGUGGUAAAAAGUAUGUGUUUAAUAAAACUAAAAUUUGUUAUUAUUUUGAAAGUUUAUUGUUUAGGUUAUCAGAUAUGUUAUUUAAAAUAAUAUAAUAUAUAAUAAAUUAUUACUAUUCUCGGUGGUGUAAAAAUAGUGUUUUAUUUUUUUAAACAAAAUAUAAUGUAUAUAAUUUCAUAUUUGGCCACUUUUUGUAUGUAUAUUUACAUAAUAUUUGACAAUUUUGAAAUGCAUAUAAUUCUAGGCUCUAGUUAUAUGUAAUUAAUACAUUAACAAAUAUUAAUUGAAAUUUGUUUAGAAUAUUCAUUUUUAUAUGAAGAAAAAUCAAUAAAAAGUUUAUCGAAUAUUUUAAAUACAGAGAACAGUUGUGGUUACAUAACGUGUGUGACAAUGCCAACUAAAUAUGAAAAGAAAUUUAACACUGAAAAUACUGCUAUUAGUGGUCUGUACAUAAUUUUUUAUUAUUAGAUUUGAAAAAACUAAUCAAAUAUUUGUAUUAACAGAUCCUUCACCUGUUUUUCAUAAGAAUGGUGUAUCACUUUUGAAAGAAGAGUUAGAAAAAUUAAAUGAUACUCCAUGUAUUAAAAAAACAUUAAUGUUAGAGCCUAUUUAUGAUGUACCUGAAUGGACUUUAUUAGAUUGUUGUUUUGGAUUGCCUCUAUUUAAUUCAGAUAUUAAUAAAAAUAUUUGCAAAUAUAUUGUUGAUAAUCAAAUGUGGAAAAAUGAAAAGUAAUUUUAUUUUGAAAUUCAUAAUGUAAAACUAGGUAUGAUAAUAAAUAUAUGUAUGUAUAUAUUUUUAUUUGGUUAGGUGCAUAAAUUUAUUUAAUACUUAGGUACAGAAUUUUAUUAUAAAUUAUCUAAAAGACUCAGCCUAUAUGAUUUUGUACCAAAAUAUCCAUUUAAUUUAUAUUGGUUUUACAAUAAUGUUAAUUUUUUUUUCGGUGAAUAACUUUUCUAUCUGAAAUAUUGCUCAGAUUUUUAAGUGUAGCAAAUUUCAUCCAGGUGGUAUAUUAGACAGGUCAUUUUUUGAUUUUUCAAUGGGUUUUUAUAAUUUAGAAAAACCAGGAAAAUGUACGAAAUGUAUUAUUUUCAAUGUUGUUAAUUGGUUGUAAUUUAGUUAAAAAUAUUUGUAGAGAUUUGAUAUCUGCCUUUUCUAGAGGUGGUAACAUUUUCAAAACAUAGCCCUUUUUGAGCUAUAAAAAAAGCUGUAUAAACAUUUUGAUUUUGUUUUUUUUUUUUAAAUUUUUAUUUGGUACACUAUGGAUAAAAUUGUUAGAUUUAAUAGGAAGUUCAUUAUAAGUCAUACUUGUGGCAAAUAAAAUUAAAAUGAGUAACAAAGAAAAUUUUUUUCAUUAGAAUUUUGAACGAAAAUCGUAAUUAUUAUGGCUUUUCUAAAUAUGUAUAACCGAACUUCCCUCAGAAUCAUUUUUUGUUAGCAAAGAUUAAUCACUGCAUAUAGAUAUACAUUAAAUACCCCUCUAUAUUUUACCAUCUCAACUUCUUAACCCAUAACAGUGGCCUAACCAUCAUGCCAAGUAUGUCAUGUUUUAAUAUUCAAACCUUACAAUAAUUAACUAUGUUCUAUAUUAAAAUAUUCCUUAAGUUUUUUUUAUUAAUAUUGGACUAACAAUUUCAAAAUUAUAAUUUAUAUUGGAGGUUCAUAUUUAUAUUUUGAUUCCUAUUCUUUCUUAAUAAAUCAUACUUAAAGUAACGUAUCUUUUAUUUGAAAUGUGCAUACAGUAUUAUAUCAUAAUUUUAAGAAAAAUAUUUACUUAUAUAAAAAGAUACAUAUUUUCUUCUACAAUCAAUUAGUAUCCAUUUAGGGAAUACGACAAAGGAUUUUAACCUAAUUUAUUUUAUAAAAUAAACUGUCACUGUUUAAAUAAUAUGCUUCUAGAUUAUGUAUACUUGUAUCUUCCUUUUUCUUUUAGUGUUACAAAACUAGUGGAAUCAAAUGAAUUAUUAUCAAAAGAUUUGUUAAAUUUUAUUGAUUUAUACAAGGUAAGACGUGCAAACAUUAAAUAAUACAUUUUGUUUUUAUAAUUAAGAACAUUAAUAUUAAUUAAUUAACAAUCACUUUUCAAUAAAUACAAAUUUAAGAAGAUUAAUUAUAUUAUUAUUUCAUUAAGUUUUAUGUAGGCCUAAAUUCAAGUAUCUUACAAAUGAGUGAAAUAAAUUUGCUCAUUACAACAAAAAUAUAAUCUCAAUAAAUAUUAAAUAAAUAAAUAUAAAAGUAAAUUUAUUGUUCAUUAUUAUUAUUAUUAAUUUUGUUUCAAAUAAUGUGAGCUGAUAGAAUAUCACUAUUUCUAGUUAUAUCAAUAAGAAAUCAUUAUGUAUACAAAAUUGAAUCAAAUUAGUAGUAUAUAAUUUAUAUUAAUGUAUUUUUAAAUUUAUUUUAUAAAAUGAAGUAAUACAAUUAUUAUCAUUAUUAGCUAAAAUGUAAUUUAAUUCAAUACAUAUAUUAACACAUGUAAAAUACAUCAAUUAAUUAACAUAAAAUUAUAUUAAACAUUUUUUUUAAUGAUUUAUUUUACUGUAUAUUCUUUUUUUUUUUUAGAACUCAGACAAAGGCUUUCAAGAUCUAUUGCCUUUUGAUAAAUCAUCAAUAGCUUGGCCUGUUGAUUGUCUAAUAUUUGAAAAUGGAAAAUUAACAAUAUGGCAGUAA